AUGCCCCACACAAGUCACAGCAACGUUCACAAUCCGCACCACAACGCCUACGGCGACACCAUCAAGCUCGUCGGCAACACUGCCCAGCUUGGCAGCUGGGACCCAGCCAACGGCAUUGCGCUCUCUGCAGACGCAUACACAGCCGAGAACCCCGUCUGGACUGCCGCAAUAACACUCCCAGCCGACGGUACUGUGAGCUAUAAGUUCGUCAACGUGCAGCAGGAUGGGACUGUGGUGUGGGAGAGUGAUCCGAAUCGCAGUCUGACUUUGCCAGCUUGUGGUGACGGGAAUGUGAACGUGGAUACGACGUGGCAGGCAACGGGCUUCAUGGAGCGGCGGCGAGUUGGGGAGCUGUAG